AUGGCUGAUUUUCCUGUCGACCUCCUGAGUUUGAGGAUCGUUGUUUCUUGCAUAGGACUUGUGGGUAACGUAUUUCUCAUCAUGUCCAUCCUUCAGACCAGAUUCUCCCGAGUUAAAUCCUUCGAGCUGUUCCUCCUGGGACUGGCUGCAGCAAACUUGGAGGAAAUCAUCAUCAUAAACAUCUACGACGUCACCAUCCUCAGCAUGUCCUCCCCUUUGGUUGGUACGUGGUCGUGCCGCUUGCUGAGGUUCCUGACGGUGUUGGGUGAAAUCAGCAGCAUCCUCUUCACCGUCCUCAUCAGCGUCUUCCGCUACCAGAAGCUGAGAGACGCCGACAGGAGGGUGAACCUGCCGAUCUACCUGGACAGCAUCCGCUCGGCCUGGAUCAUGAGCGGGGUUUGCGUGAUGCUCUCCGUGCUGCUCGGCCUCCCCACGGUCGUCAUGGACCUGCAAGGCUCGGUGGGGAACAACGUCAGCGGGAACAGCAGCGGUUGUCCUCCAGACUUCUUCCAGUGCAGUAAAACUUCCUGCCCCCUCCUCAACCGCUUGUACAAAUACGUGUUCACCCUGGUGUGCUACAUGCUGCCCCUGAUCAUCGUCACGGCGACCGGCUCCCUCAUCCUCGCGGUGCUGCUGAAGCGAAGGAAGAUGGUGACUCCGACGGUUAGCGUGAGCUGGUCCAACCAGCUCAGCACGAAAAUUAAAAACCCAAAGCUCCAGCGAAGCACCGUCGCCGUUCUGGCCGCCAUGGUGCUGUUCCAGGUGGACUGGACCAUCUACCUGAUCUUCCUGUGGAUGUUUAGCUCAGGCGACUCUCGGCUUUGGGCUGAGAUUGAAUUCUUUAUCUCGACUUCCUACACAUCCAUGUCUCCGUAUGUGUACGGGGUAGGAAACAACCUGUUCUCCCUCAAAAACUGUAAAAGCAAGUGA